AUGUCGACCCUCCCGCCCGCCGCCGACAUGGAGGAGGUCGAGGAUGAGCUGAUCUUCCAGCAAACACUUCUGGACACACUGGAUCCCAACGACAGCAGCAGCAACGAGCGCAGACAAGAGGUGGAACUUUCUAUCAUGGACCUCGAGAGGCGCAUGACUGCCUUCAACGAUGCCGCUCCCGCCGACAUGGACCAAGACUUUCCGACAUUCGAUGCCUCGCUCGCUCAGCCUAGUCCGAGCAGGAACGCUCGGCUCAAGAGAAGUCGCGAUCAAAUAUCGCCACCGGCCAGCUUCGACAGGAACAAGAGACCUGCGCCUACUCCCAUGGGUCCGCCAAGUCAGCGACCACUCAGCCAGGAUCGCCGCACUGCCUACUUGGAGAGACAGCGCCAGAUCGAAGCCGCCGCCCGCCAAAGAAGAGAGUCUGUGGCUGCUGACGCCAACUUUGCCUCGAGACUGAGCCAGCAACCCUCUUCCUCGCCCAUCGCCGGCCCAUCGCGCAACAACCUGCACUCGCAGCCCGACAUGUCGCCCAGUAAGAUGGCCCCAGUCUUUAGGCCACCAGGCUACAGGCACAAUCCUCCUUCGCAAACGCAAGCUGCUGCGCCGUAUCCCGACGCAGGCACACCACGUGUCAAGCCUGAAGUUCACUCAAGUCCUGGAUAUGGCUACUCUGCUAGACCCGUCAAGCCCGAACCAUCUCAACAAGCUACUUCCUCGACCAGCCGCUAUGGUGGUCUCCGUCCCCAGGUCAUAGACUUGACCGGAGAUGAUGAACCCGAGGCUCAACAAACUCAGAUCCAACGACUCAAUUCAAAUCCAGCCGAGGAACUGCGCCGUCGCCAUCUGUGGGAACAGAACAACGCUGUCAGCGCACAACACAAGCACGAGAUCAUGAUGCGUCAGCAACACGAAAUUGCUUUCCAUCGACAGCAAGAGACCACCCGCCAGGCACAGAUGGCUAUGCAAGGUUCUCGAGAUCCGACUCGUGACAUGCUCGACCAGGCUAACCGCCGCCGUCUCGAGCAAUGGCAACAGCACGUCGCUGCAAUUCAAAAGUUCAAUGCUCAGAACCCACACCAGCCCCGCUCCCUGCCAAACCACGUACCUUACGCUCAGCCAUUUCCAUCGAUCAUGCGCUCGUCCCAGCAGCCUGUACCACGUGCCGCUCAUGACGACCUCGCUCAGCUGGGCGGCCUCAUCAACGGACGCGGCAGACAUACGAACUUCGGAUCGGAUGAUGAUGACCUGCAGUUUCUACGUUCUACGACAAUCCAGCCUCCAAGCUGGGAUAUCUACGAUCCCGACAGCGCAGAUACCAAGGAGGAGCUCCGUAAGUUGAUGGAGAACAUCAUGCCCGACGACGCUUCCAAGAUUGCCAACGAAGAGGACGUACCGGUCGACGGACUCACCAUUAAGCUUAAGCCCUAUCAAUUCGCUGGUCUUGAGUGGCUCCAGAAGAUGGAGAAUGGCUCCAACAAAGGUGGUAUUCUGGCCGACGAUAUGGGAUUGGGUAAAACUGUCCAGGCAAUCUCACUAAUGGUCACAAACCGCUCUGAGGACCCCUUGAACAAGACGACUCUCAUCCUUGCACCUGUUGCUCUCUUACACUUGCGCGACUUUGAUGUUGUUCUGACUACUUUCGGUACUAUUGCUGCCGAACUGAAGAAGAUCGAAAAAGUCAUUGUCGACGAAGCACAGUGCAUCAAGAACAAGACCACCAAGACCGCUAGAGCUGCCUUUUAUCUUCAAGCUCGCUCUCGAUUCUGCAUGACAGGAACCCCUAUGAUGAACAGUGUUGAGGAACUCUACUCUCUGAUUCACUUCCUACGCAUCAGACCAUACAACAACUGGAACACUUUCAGGACUGAUUUCAACCAGCCAUUGAAGGGCACCAACGAAAUUGCCCGUCAGAUGGCUAUGCACAAGCUGCAAGCAUUGCUCAAGGCCAUCCUCCUUCGUCGCAACAAAAAGACAGAAAUCAACGGUCGUCCUAUCCUCAACUUGCCAGAAAGACGUGUCGAAGAGACCAAUCCCGACUUCAGUGAGGAUGAGCGCAACAUCUAUGUCGCCCUCGAGACUAGUUCCGCAGUCAAAUUCAACAAGUACCUCAAGGCCGGCACAGUCAGCAACUCAUACAUGCAGAUCUUGGUCCUUUUGCUUCGUCUCCGUCAAGCUUGUUGCCAUCCCAAUCUCAUCAAGGAUCUUGGUAUUGUUGCUGCGACUGCCGAGAUCACGCAAGAGACCAUGGAUGAAAUCUGCAGGAACCUUGAUCCGAAUGUCAUCACUCGCAUCAAGGAAGCAAAUGGCAUAUUCGAGUGUCCUGUAUGCUAUGAUGCCGUGGAAAAUCCUGCUAUCUUCACUCCUUGCGGCCACGAUACUUGUCCAGACUGCUUCUCAAGAAUUGCCGAUCCUUCCAAUGCGCUUGCUGAGGGAGACGAAGGACGGAUCGCCAAGUGCCCUGAAUGUCGCGGCCCUAUCAACACGAAGAAGGUCAUUGAUUAUGAGUGCUUUAAGCGCAUUCACAUGCCUGAAGAAGUCGCUCCUGAUGAGACGGUCGAUAUCAAGACUGAUGCAGAUGGUGAUGACAUGGCCGCUGUUGACACUGAUGACGACUCUGAGGAUGAAGAAGAGGAUGACGACGAUGAUGAGACUGGUUCCCUCGAUGGCUUCAUCGUCAAAGAUGGUGCUGAGGAAGAGGAUGAUGAGGAUGCAGCAGAGCGUAGGCAGAAGGUUGCCUUGAAGAAGCCCAAAAAGAAAGCCAAGUCAAAGAUGAGCAACAAAGCCAAGGGAAAGAUGAAGGAGUCGAGCAGUUCCGAAAAGAAGAAGAAGGCGGCCACAAUGACGAUUCCUGAACUAAAGAAAAUGGCAAUCAGGAAGCCGGCAUGGCGAAAGAUCUACCUUCGCAUGCUGAAGAAAGACUUUAAGCCUUCCUCAAAGAUCGAACGUACCAUGGAGAUCUUGGGUGGCAUCAUGACAGCACCCGAGGGUGAAAAGAUCAUCAUUUUCUCCCAGUGGACUUCUCUGCUCGACUUGCUCGAAGUACCCGUGUCUGAGAAGGGCUGGGGCUAUCGCCGCUACGAUGGAAGCAUGAACGCCAAACUCCGUGCCGAUGCUGUGGACGACUUCAAAAACAAGCCCAAUGUCCGCAUGAUGCUGGUCUCACUCAAAGCCGGCAAUGCAGGUUUGAACCUCAACAUUGCUUCUCAGGUUGUCAUUAUGGAUCCGUUCUGGAACCCGUACAUUGAGGAACAGGCCAUCGACCGUGCUCACCGUCUAGGUCAAACCAGACCUGUUAUGGUGCACCGUGUACUGAUCAAGGAAACUGUCGAAGACCGCAUCAUCGCGCUGCAAGAAAAGAAGCGCGCCCUCAUCUCGGAAGCGCUCGACGAAAAGGCUUCUCAGAGUCUGGGCAGACUGAGUGUACAGGAGUUGGCGUAUCUCUUCGGUAUUAGCAGGAACGUGAAUGAUGCGCUGCCCGCCGCCGGCCCGAGGGCCAGAGUUCGUCAGGGCGGUGCUGGUGGUAUGGGUGCUUGA